UCUCGCGACGUUCACUGUCUGACCUGAUGUAACUGAUGAAUGUAAAUGGGUGUGUUAGCCAGUUAGGAGCGUUUACCUCCACCUGUGUGUCGUGUUGAAGCAGUAGUGAUGGAGCCGCUGUAGGUGUUGGUGGAAAUGAUCUUCUCAACAGUCUGACCUGAAGAGAAAAAAGCCAGCCCAGGGCUGCAGAUGGAGAAUGGAGAUCUGGGUCACAUGAUGGGGGAGCCAGUGACUCUGAAUGUGGGCGGCUGCAUAUACAGCACGUCGCUGUCUACGCUGCAGCGCUACCCAGACUCCAUGCUGGGAGCCAUGUUUCGAGGAGACCUCCCCACCAUCAAAGACGCACACGGUAACUACUUCAUUGACCGUGACGGCCCGCUGUUUCGCUACAUCCUCAACUUCCUGCGGACGUCGGAGCUGACGCUGCCGUGCGACUUCAAGGAGACCGAGCUGCUCAGGAAGGAGGCUGACUUCUAUCAGAUCGAGCCCCUGAUACAGUGCCUGGGAGACCCCAAACCCCUGCUGCCCUAUCCCACUGACACCUAUGAGGAGGUGGUGGAGCUGUCCAGCACCAGGAAGCUGUCCAAGUACUCCAACCCUGUCGCAGUCAUCAUCACCCAGCUCACCAUCACCACCAAGGUCCAUGCAAUGUUGGAGUCCAUCUCCGCCAGUUUCACAAAGUGGAACAAACACAUGAUGGACACCAGAGACUACCAGGUGUCCUUCACCUUCGGACCAUGUGACCACCAACAGGAAGUCAGCCUGCGUGUCCAUCUGCUUGACUUCAUCUCCAAAGCGGGUUUCACAAUACGCAACACGCGUGUUCACCACAUGAGCGAACGGGCCAAUGAGAACACAGUGGAACAUCACUGGACGUUCUGCCGAAGAGCUCGCAAAGUUGAUGACUGACGGAUGAGCUGAUGGAUGGACUUACUAACUGAGAGUCUUUGUUGUUAUAUGUUAAUGUUUUGUGUGACGUAUGUUGUUUUCGAUUAUCAUGAGACGUUUUAGAAUCACAUAUUCAACUACCGCAAAUAGCUGCAGUUUUAAGAUAAAAGUAUGUCCACAUACUUUUGGCCACAUAGUGCAUGAUAGCUACAUAUAUCUGGCAUAUCAGCAGUAUCAAAAAUCUGUUGAACAUCGAUGACUGGGAAAUCAUAUUAAUAGUAAAUAAAACAAUCUGGAAAACUAUAAUCUAUAAUCUCAAGUAAUUUUUUUUUAAUUCACCCACAGUUCUCACUUUGUUCACCUUUUCUCACAGAAACGGACUGAUAUUAGACAAAUUUAGAAGACAGGUUCACAUUUAUUUAAGUCCGUCUUAAAACAAUAGCCAGGUGCCCAUACUGUAUGAGCGUUGACAUAUGAGUCUUUCCUUGCUGUAUUUGUUCUAUUAAAGAACUUACACCUGUAGUCUGGCACGAGAAAUGGGUUCCUGUUCACCCACAUGGCAUUUUUUGGAUCCUGAGGCACUGAUCAGACAAAGCAUUUUAGCAACCUGGAGCAGCUUUUUGUGAUUAUUGUUAA